UACACUAAGAGAGAUUGGAUAAUAGGAGAUGAAAAAGAGAUUUUAAAUGAGGAAUGGAAUUAAGUUGGGUUAUAAAAAGGUUUCAAAAAAAAAAAAAAGUCUAGACAUUAAUUUGUUUGCCAUUUUGAUAUCUCUCACUCUUGUCUUUAGCUGCUCCCCACCACAUUUUCUCCGGCGACAUUGACAAACCCUCUUGCUCAUCUUCGCCCUCUUUUCUCCAAUCUUGUUACUCAAAUAGUCAAAUUGCACAAUUUUUCUCAUUUUUAUCAAUCCUCAGUAUAAUGACAACCAUUCGUAAAUUCUGUUGCAAUGAUCUUCUUCGCUUUGCUUCCGUAAAUUUGGAUCAUCUUACUGAAACUUUCAACAUGUCAUUUUACAUGACCUACUUGGCAAGAUGGCCGGAUUAUUUCCAUGUUGCUGAAGGCCCUGGCAAACGAAUUAUGGGUUACAUUAUGGGAAAAGUUGAAGGCCAGGGUGAGUCUUGGCAUGGUCAUGUUACAGCAGUGAGUGUUGCACCAGAGUAUCGCCGACAACAGUUAGCUAAGAAGUUGAUGAAUUUACUGGAAGACAUCAGUGACAAAAUUGAUAAAGCUUACUUUGUUGACCUUUUUGUUCGGGCAUCAAAUGUACCAGCCAUAAAGAUGUAUGAAAAACUUGGAUAUGUGGUGUAUAGACGAGUUUUACGCUAUUAUUCUGGUGAAGAAGAUGGAUUAGAUAUGAGGAAAGCAUUAUCGAGGGAUGUUGACAAAAAAUCCGUUAUUCCUCUUAAAAGACCAAUAACACCUGAUGAGUUAGAGUAUGACUAGUGUUUCUUGUCUUUUCAAAUGAAAUUGUUGUUUGGUUCGAGAUUUUUGUUUACAUCUUGGGAUUUAUAUUAGAGGCAUGUGAUUGAUGUGAAAUCACGUGCUGAAAGGAUAUGAAAUUUCAAUUUGGAUAUAAAUGUGAAUUUUUUUUUUCUUCUAAUGUUUCAUUGGCUAACUGUA